AUGGCCACUGCGAACGCCAGUAGCGCCAACAGCUGCAACUUAGGCGGCAUCAUGACUCGGAGCAACCCCAUUAAAAUCCUCCACGCUGGGUCAGAAUGGGGGGUUUGGUCACUCCAUGCCGCUGCCCAGACAGACGAUCUCUGCUUUUACAAAGAAGUGUCAUUCGCAUGGCCCUCUUCUCCACAGCCAGCGCUCUCUCUCUCUCUGUCCACUCUCUCGUCUCUCUUCAGGCAGUGA